GUGCGGCAGGUGAAAGUUGCGCGCCCCCCUCCCGCUCAGCUAAAGACCUAGCUAGUAGUCAGGGAGAGCUUUGCUCGGGUCACUCUUCAGUCAGGACCAUGAAGGGACGGGAGGCACAUCUGGCGUUAGGCCUCUUGCUUUUCUCCGUAGCCCUAACACACGUGAACGCUGAUGCGGCCGAAAUUUUAAAGAGAAUCCGUCGUCAGGAUGACAAUAAGAAAGAUGAGAACUUUGAAGUUGAACUUUGUAAAGACAAGGAUGCCGGCGAAUGGUUCCGUCUGACUGCCGGUGACGGAGACAGCUGUCGUGAUGUGAUCCAGUGUACUAGCUCUGGCCUACAAGCCAUCCGUUGUCCCGCUGGUCUGUACUUCGACAUUGAAAAGCAGACCUGCGACUGGAAGGACGCGGUCAAGAACUGCAAGCUCAAGAACAAGGAGAGGAAAGUCAAGCCUCUGCUGCACACCGACGAGCCCCUUUGCUCAGAGGGCUCUUUGGCUUGUGGUGAUGGUACUUGUAUCGAGCGUGGUCUCUUCUGUAACGGAGAGAAGGACUGCAGCGAUGGCUCCGACGAGAACUCUUGCGACAUCGAAAAUGAUCCUAACCGCGCUCCUCCUUGCGACCCCGCUGUUUGCGUCCUCCCCGACUGCUUCUGCUCUGAGGACGGCACUGCCAUUCCCGGAGACCUGCCCUCCCGCGACGUUCCUCAGAUGAUUGUUGUCACCUUCGACGAUGCCAUCAACAACAACAACAUUGAACUGUACAAGGAAAUGUUCGGCACGGGCAAGAGGCGCAACCCUAACGGCUGCGACAUCAAGGCCACCUACUUCGUUUCUCACAAAUACUCCAACUACUCCGCCAUCCAGGAGACUCACCGCAAGGGCCACGAAAUUGCUGUCCACAGCAUCACUCACAACGAUGACGAGCAGUUCUGGAGCAACGCCACCGUUGACGACUGGGCCAAGGAGAUGGCUGGCAUGCGCAUCAUCAUCGAGAAGUUCGCCAACAUCAGCGACAACUCUGUUGUCGGUGUCAGAGCCCCUUACCUGCGUGUGGGAGGCAACAAUCAGUUCACCAUGAUGGAAGAGCAGGCCUUCCUGUACGACAGCUCCAUCACCGCUCCUCUGCACAACCCUCCUCUCUGGCCCUACACCCUUUACUUCAGGAUGCCUCACCGCUGCCACGGCAACCUGCAGAGUUGUCCGACCAGGAGCCACGCCGUCUGGGAGAUGGUGAUGAACGAGCUUGAUCGCAGGGAGGAUCCCAACUUUGAUGACUACCUGCCUGGAUGCGCCAUGGUGGACUCGUGCUCCAACAUCCUGACUGGUGAUCAGUUCUACAACUUCCUCAACCACAACUUCGACCGCCACUACGAGCAGAACCGUGCUCCUCUUGGUCUAUAUUUCCACGCUGCCUGGCUGAAGAACAAUCCCGAGUUCCUGGAUGCCUUCCUCUACUGGGUUGACGAGAUCCUGGCCAACCACAAUGACGUCUACUUCGUCACCAUGACCCAGGUCAUCCAGUGGAUGCAGAAUCCCCGCACCAUAUCCGAGGUCAAGAACUUCGAGCCCUGGCGCGAAAAGUGUACCGUUGAAUCCAAGGUCCCCGCCUGCUGGGUGCCCAACGCGUGCAAGCUGACCAGCAAGGAACUGCCCGGAGAGACCGUCAACCUGCAGACUUGCGUCAGAUGCCCCAACAACUACCCCUGGCUCAACGACCCCACUGGAGACGGUUUCUUCUAAAGAGACAACCAAGAUGUGCCUAAAUAAAUAUUUAAAAUCACGUGGAAAAUAUUAAAAGUUUGAUUUUCGGAAUGCUGGAAAAGGAGUCAGUGGCGCACGAUCGGUCUGUUAAUUAUUUAAAAAUAAAUUGAAUCCCGUGCGCUGCUGAUGUGGUAUGUAUCAAAUUAAUAAUUUAAACGAAUUUUUAAUUUGAAAUUCGGAACUUACAAGGCAGCCUCUAAAGAAGGCGUGUAUUAUGCUCUUUCAUGUAGAUUGUUUGAUGGCAGGUUGCGAACAAAAUUCAGUAUUUAAAAAAAAUGAAGGACUGUUACGACAAAGCACGAGUUCCAUUACUAAUUAAUUGCUGUAUAAUUGUGAAAAUAAGAAAAAAUCUUGCCAUUAAUAUUGUGUGUAUGGGUAUAAAGAAUAUUAAUUUUAAUACAUAAUUCAAGUCAUCGACUUAUUUUGUAAAACAUCUCUUUGUGAUGAAAUAAACAGAAAACAUUUCAUGUAAA